GACCGUUUCUUAGGUGCGACACGACCAUCUUUUACAUUUGGUAGCGAGAGCACGAUCUAAAGACAGCAAACUCUUCCACUAUGACCGAAAACGAUCAGAACGACGGAUUCUUGAACAAUCAAAACGAUGAUGCGAGCUCUGUUGGUGACGCCGAAGGCCCCGGAGACAUUCAAAACCGAAUUCGUCAACCACCCAACGACGCUCCGAACGACUGGCAAACCGCUUUCGCCAGAAUGGCUGAUUCUAUUGCUAUGAUGUCAAAUUCCGUUCAAGACCUAGUUGACACCUUUGCUGACUCUCGUGUCAACACACACGAAAACCAACCUGCCGCAACGUCGUCUACCGCCAAGAGCAGUCUCCGACCAAACGAACUUCCGUCUUUCAACGGCAAGGAUAAUAAAGGAGAAACUCGCUUAUGGGUAUUCCGUGUCCGCCAAGUCAUUGCAACCACCGACCUCGCACGACUGCCCGAACCGCAGCAAAUCUUAAGGGCUUGCAACCAUCUUGAAGGUCCGGCCGGAAUGUGGUAUAUGCAACUCUGUCAAGAACACGGGAAUCCCGAUAUGACAACUCAUCCCAAACUCGCCUCAUGGACCGAAUUCGAAGAAUACUUAGUCUUGAAAUUCGGCAACCCAGACUCUGAACAGAAGGCCCAAAUGGAUCUCCGAUACUUGAAGCAGAAGGACAACCAAUCGGUCGAAAAAUUCAACGAAUACUACCGAAAUCUCCGAAUUCAAGCUAAUGAAAAGACUCCGGCAGACGAAUCUAAACUGAUUGUCCAUUAUCUCGAGUCCUUGAAUAAAGAAAUGUAUCGGGCUAUGACGAUGAUGGCUACUCCGAAGACUCUCGACGAAGCUCAAAGAGAGGCGCUCCGGAUCCACCGUCGGAUGAAAGCGGCUGACAAGGAAGCCAACCGAACCACCCAAGCCAAUGCCGCAGGAUACCAACAAAACAACAAGCCUCGAAACUCCGGUAGUAGUAGUACUGGUCCUAUGCGCCCUAUGAAACGCUCUGACUCCAAGGAACACUUGGAAGCUAACCAGUAUGCUGGAAAAGCAGUUACAUCUGAAACUCGAGAUGUCUAUCGUAAACUAGGCCUGUGCAAUGGAUGUGGACACCAUGGACAUCGUAAAGCCGAAUGUCGUAACAGUAAGACUAAGCAAGCUGCUGCUGCUCAAGUUACUGAUACCCAGAAUGACAUGACGAUGGUGUCUGAUCAUUCAGAACGACGCGUUGUUGUUAUGAGAGCAAACACGCGACCGAGCAACUUGCUACGCGCUCGAGGGACUUUGAAUGGCUCCAAAGUUACCAUUUUGUUCGAUACCGGAUGCUCCGAUGUGUUGGUCUCAUCAUCUCUAAUCGAGCGGCAGCCACACCUGAUUCGACACCGACGUCCUUUGGCAACAUCGGUCAUGUGCGUUGGAUACGAUGGGAAUACAGCCAAACUGGAAUAUGAACUAGUAGACGUGACUCUACGCUGUGACGAGUGGACAGAAAGUUUGUCUGCAACGAUUGCGCCAUUGCAAUUAUACGAUAUGAUCAUAGGGAUGACCUGGUUCAAUACCCACAACCCCAACAUCGAUUGGCAAACCAGUCAAAUUGUUUUAAAUACGCCCUACGGAUUAUUUAAGAUACUAGCUAAUCUCGAUACGAAUGACUCGACAUCAACUUAUGCAGCCACCCUACGUGAAUUGCAAACCCACAACAUUGAUCUACUGUCUCAGAAACAGCUUCUCACGUUGAUGAAAGAUCCUAAAGAACGCACGUUUAUCUUGCGCUUUAAGAAUGAUGUUGCUCCAACCCAUAAAAACGCGCAAAUCGCGACGUUUGCCGCAAAUGCAACUAGUAACCAUAUGGACGUUGACUUCGAUGAAUGCUCGAUAGCUCGAGAACAACUGAAAUCCGAAUAUACCAAUCGGUUAUUUAAGGAUGAUGAACUACCCGCUGGUGUACCGUCUCGAACGAUUCAACAUCCAAUCGACUUGGAGUCAAAUGAUACUCCUCAUCGACCACCAUACCGAUUAUCACUCCCUGAACAAGACGAAUUGAAGAAACAACUGGACUACCUACUAGAGCGAGGACUUAUUCGACCAUCGAAUUCACCUUUUGGAGCUCCAGUCUUGUUUGCGUCCAAGAAAGAUGGAGGCUUACGAAUGUGCCUCGACUAUAGAGCACUCAAUAAGAUCACGAUCAAAAACCGAUAUUCCCUGCCUAGGAUUGAAGAUCAACUAGAUCGCCUUGUGGGAUCAACGAUUUUUACAAAGGUUGAUUUACGUUGGGGUUAUUGGCAGAUCCCCAUUCGUCCUGGAGAUGAACAUAAGACUGCAAUCACUACAAGAUAUGGAUCCUAUGAGUUCCUCGUGAUGCCAUUUGGACUGUGCAAUGCUCCAUCGACAUUCCAGAGACUUAUGAAUGAAACUCUCCGACAGUUUCUUGAUGUAUGUGUGGUGGUGUAUCUUGAUGACAUUUUGAUUUAUUCAAAAUCCCUUGAGGAACACAAGAAACACACACGACUGGUCUUCGAUGCCUUAGUGCAGGCUAAGUUAACAGCAAAGUUCUCGAAAUGUGAGCUUUUUGUACGUGAAACCAUCUUUUUGGGAUUCAAGAUCAGCCCUGUUGGCAUUGAACCCGACACCCGCCACAUCAAGCAGAUCCUUGAAUGGCCAGUGCCACAGAACGUAUCAGAACUACGCUCGUUCCUGGGGUUAGCUCAAUGGCUUCGUCGGUUUAUAUUGCACUAUUCAAAAAUAGUAUCACCCUUGACCGAUCUACUCCAGACAACCGUUGAAUUUAACUGGACGGCGUCUCAGCAGAACGCGUUUGAUACUCUGAAGGAACGCUUGACCACAGCUCCUUUAUUGAAACUCUUUGACCCCUCAUUACCUAUUGAACUCUGGACUGACUCUAGUGGAUUUGCAAUCGGUGCUACACUGUACCAAAAGCACGCAAAGGGCCUGCAUCCAGUAGCCUAUGAAGGCCGCAAGAUGUUACCAGCUGAACGACGAUACCCUGUGCAUGAGCAAGAACUCUUGGCUCUCAUUCAUGCGCUAAAAGUUUGGCGGCAUUAUCUCUUGGGUCUACCAGUCACCAUACAAACCGAUCACCGCUCUUUAGUCUUUCUCGAUACACAGAAGACCCUGUCGAAUCGCCAAGCCAGGUGGCUAGAACUACUUCAGCAAUUUGAUCUCAGAAUUCAACACGUUUCCGGGAAGAACAAUGUCGUCUCUGACGCGUUAUCACGAAAUCCCGACUUUAUGGAACGUAGAGCUGUCGAUGUAGCUCGUAACACUAUCGACUUACCACUUUCACUUUCAGUGAACACAAUAAUUGCGGUUAGUGAAUUUGAGAAACAAGUGCAGAUCGAAUAUACCAAAGAUCCAUAUUACAGCCGAGUGCUAUUGGCAUUGACAACUGCAGAAGUCCCAGUUGAUCUAGUCCAACCAUUGAAAUCACUGAAACUUGACAAUGGACUACUUUGGAACACCUCACCACAACGAGAUGAACCCCGACUCUGCAUACCGGUCACUCUACGAAAACGAUUGUUACACGACUGGCACGACUCCCCACUUGCAGGUCAUCGAAUUCAGCACACCUACAAGUUAGUCGAACACUAUUACUGGCCAAAGAUGCACGAUGAUAUCAAGAAGUACAUACGAUCUUGCAUACUUUGUCAACAGAAUCGUACUUCCAACAGCAAACCAGCUGGAUUGAUUCAACCGCUGGCUAUACCGGUUACUAAUUGGACUGAUCUUUCGAUGGACUUCAUUACAAAUCUACCACCAACGAAAGAAAGUUACGAUGCUAUUUGGGUGAUCUGUUGCAGACGAUCAAAGAUGUCUAGAUUCAUACCUUGUACAGGACCACCAGAUUCGGAAACUCUAGCCCGGCUAUUUUUCGAUAACAUUGUGUGUCUUUUUGGACACCCUGCGUCGAUUGUGUCUGAUCGAGACGCAAGAUUCACCUCUGAUUUUUGGAGGACGAUACACGAGAUCUAUGGCACAAAGAUCUUAUUAUCCACUGCCAACCAUCCCCAAACCGAUGGCCAAACUGAACGAACCAACCGCACACUGAAACAAUAUCUCAGAAACUACACCUCCUUUUUACAAGACGAUUGGAAUCAAUGGCUCUCACGAGCAGAAUACAACUUCAACUCAACCAAAAAUGCAUCUACUGGCCUAUCACCAUUCGAAAUUGUCUAUGUUGACAAACCCUCUGAUCCACGAACAUCCAACAUCACACCCACCAAUGAUUCAGCUCUAUCAUUUGCUGAGAAGUCAACAUAUAUCCGCCAACUAGUAUCUGACCGACUAAUGGAAGCUCAGGAACGUUACGCCUUAUACGCCAACCAACACCGUACAGACGACGAAUUUGAUGUUAAUGAUCAAGUGUUAAUUUCGACACAAGUUUAUCAACCACCCGCCUUACGAUCCCAACCAUCCAAUGCUUUAAAGGCUCGAUUCACCGGUCCAUACCGCAUCACCCAUCGUGUUGGACGUGUUGCCUAUCGAAUUGCCCUUCCAUACGAAAGUCAACGACAACCACACGAUGUAUUUCAUGUGUCCCAACUCCGUCGAUAUAAUGAUUCCGAGGACGAAUCAUCUUUCAAUGAGGGACGAACAACGACUUACCUACCGCAGAAUCCACCUACUACAGAACCAAACAUGACUCGAUGGCAAAUCGAGAAAGUUUUAGGUUGGAAGAAGGGUCCAGGUGCAGGAGGACCAAAAGUUUACGUGAUCAAGUGGACUAGUAAAAGAAGCCAUGAAAACGUGUCUUAUAAAGACGCGAGACUACAGGACUCCUCUAUACAAGAGCUACUAGAUGCUGCACCACAAUUGACGUCAAACACGAGAACACGUAGAAAGUGA